AUGCCGCCUCGGGGGCCCGACUUCCCAUCAAGCUUUUUGGACUUGGACGAAAUGAUGGUUGAUUUUAAAUUCUUCUGGCCGAACAAGAGGGAGUACUCCCCCGUCGAUGUCCAGGAUGACCACUCGCCAGCCGAUGAAAAGCUACUAGACAAGACCGAGAGCUUUGAAAGUCCACGCCGACACGAGCCCCGGAGGGGCAGCGCACCGAUUCCGUGGAUUGUGCUCACCUUCAUUUUCGCGGGCUUGUCGGGUCUCCUUCUUUUCCACGAUCUGCGGCGUGGCGGACGGGGAAGUUUUGACACGGGGUACCAUAAUGAUAUGAUCCUAGCCAGACCCGCGAUCGAAGUAUCCCAAGUGAAAUUCACAGGCGGGAUCAAAUUCCACGACAACGGGACCAUGUACCGCGACAACGGGCCGGGUCCGGCGUACGUGGGGCGGCCGACGCCCGAGAUGGAUGAGGCCUGGGAGCAGCUGAUCGGCACGCGGUACUUGGCGUUCACGGAAGAGCAGAAGGCGUCGUUCUCGGUGCGGAUCGACAAGGGCAGCGCCGACGGGCUGUACCGCGCAGGACCGGACGUGUUCCACUCGCUGCACUGUGUCGACAAGCUGCGCCAGACCAUCGACGGGUACCUGUACGACAUGCCCGAGAAGGUCGACGAGCGCCGCAACAACGUGCUGCACAUCGAGCACUGCCUCGACUUCCUCCGCCAGCUGGUCCAGUGCACCUCGGACCUAACCCCGAUCCCGCUCGUCUACUCGGUUGGCGCUGGCAUGGAGGUGCCCGACUUCGAGCAGCUGCACACCUGUCGCAGUUUCGACACGAUACAUCGAUGGGCCAUGAAGCAGAAUCAGGACGCGCUCAAUACGUUGGAGGAAUAG